AUGGCGGGCAAUAGUCUAGCGCCUCCGCCGGCACUGAGUGUCAACACACAUAUUCGGCAAAGCAGUGCCGGAACCGAUACCAUCUCACCUUCUGGGGCAUCGACCAUAUCCAAUCCCUUCCUUACGCCAUCAAAUUCGAAUCCGUUUCUCACACCCAGCAAUAGAAGUCGCGCGUCGAGCGUCGCUACAGCAGUAGAUCCGGACGCUUUGCGGCCGGAUCCCGGAACAGAGCAAGACUUCCAUGUCGAAAACAACCCAUUUGCAUACAGCCCUGGCCAGUUAAACAAGCUUUUGGGCCCCAAAUCACUGCCUGCAUACCGCGCGAUUGGUGGACUAAGAGGAAUAGAAAAAGGCUUGCAGACGGACCUUCACGCUGGUCUUAGCAUUGAUGAGACAAGCGCACCCACAAGGAUCACUUUUGAUGAAGCCGUUUCUGGAACGGUCAAAUACUCGGAAAAACCUCACUCUGCAGGUCAUGCCGACGCCUUCGAAGACCGGAUUCGAGUCUACAGCAAAAACAGAUUACCAUCGAAGAAGGCGACCCCGCUAUGGAAGCUGAUGUGGAUAGCAUACAAUGACAAAGUUCUCAUAUUACUGACAGUCGCUGCUGUUGUUUCUCUAGCCCUUGGUCUUUAUGAGACAUUCGGCGUUAGCCAUGCGGACGACUCGGCACCAGCCGUCGACUGGGUUGAGGGACUCGCCAUCGUCGUUGCCAUUGUGAUUGUAGUGGCAGUUGGCUCAUUGAACGACUGGCAGAAAGAGCGUGCAUUUGUGAAGCUCAAUGCGAAGAAGGACGAUCGAGAGAUCAAGGUUAUUCGCUCCGGAAAAUCUUUCAUGAUCAGUGUAUACGACAUUCUGGUUGGCGACAUCUUACACCUAGAGCCGGGAGACUUGAUCCCCGUCGAUGGUAUCUUUAUCGAAGGUCACGACCUAAGAUGCGACGAGUCUUCAGCUACUGGCGAAUCAGAUGCUAUCAAGAAAACACCCGGAGAUCAGGUCAUGAAGGUUCUCGAGUCUGGUACAAUGACCAAGGAGUUGGAUCCAUUUAUCAUCUCUGGCGCCAAGGUUCUUGAGGGUAUGGGUACUUUCGUUUGCACAUCUGUUGGUGUGAACUCGAGUUUCGGAAAGAUCAUGAUGUCUGUGCGGACGGAGAUGGAGUCAACCCCUUUGCAAAAGAAGCUAGAGGUCCUUGCAAUGGCAAUUGCCAAGCUCGGCAGUGCCGCUGCUCUACUGCUUUUCACGGUGCUUUUCAUUCGAUUCCUCAUCAGUCUGCCAAACGAUAACCGCGGACCGACCGAGAAGGCAUUUUCGUUUCUGGAUAUUCUCAUUGUAACGGUAACUAUCGUUGUGGUUGCCGUUCCUGAAGGAUUGCCAUUAGCUGUCACUCUGGCCCUGGCAUUCGCUACGACCAGACUGGUGAAAGAGAAUAAUCUGGUUCGUAUUCUCAGGGCCUGCGAAACCAUGGGUAACGCCACCACCAUUUGUUCCGACAAAACUGGCACUCUCACAACGAAUAAGAUGACAGUGGUCACUGGCACGUUCGGUGCCUCUCGGUUUGCUAAGGGUGAAGAGAAUGAUGGCACCGAUCAGAAUCUUUCUCAAUGGGCAACUGGUUUGUCACAAGAAGCGAAGGACCUCAUAAUUCAAUCGGUAGCCAUCAAUUCGACCGCAUUCGAGGGAGACGAUGGCGGCCAAACUGGGUUCAUUGGAUCUAAAACAGAGACAGCUUUGUUACAACUGGCCAAGGAUCACUUGGGGAUGCAGAGUUUGUCCGAAGUCCGUGCAAACGAGGACAUCGUUCAGAUGAUGCCGUUCGACUCGAGCAAAAAGUGCAUGGGCGCUGUCAUUCGACUACGAUCUGGCGGCUUUCGUCUCUUGCUAAAAGGUGCCUCGGAAAUUCUGCUCGGUUACUGUACUUCGAAGGCAGAUAUUACGACUUUGGCAGAAAGUGACUUGGCUCACUCCGAUAUGAAGGCACUUCAGGAGAUGAUUGAUUCAUAUGCCAAAAAGUCACUCCGUACCAUCGGCUUAGUCUACCGCGACUAUGCUCAGUGGCCCCCUGCUGGAAUCAAGUCUGAGGAAGGACAGAUUGAGCUCUCGACUGUUCUCAACAAUCUUGUUUUCUUUGGACUAGUUGGCAUCCAGGACCCUGUCCGACCAGGUGUUCCCGAAGCAGUAAGAAAAGCUCAGCAUGCCGGGGUGACAGUAAGAAUGGUCACUGGCGAUAAUGCAGUCACUGCCCAAGCCAUUGCGACCGAAUGUGGCAUUUAUACUGACGGUAUCAUCAUGGAAGGGCCUGUCUUCCGGACUCUGAGUGAUGAAGCUAUGAAUGAGACUUUGCCCAAACUACAAGUACUCGCUCGUUCCUCACCCGAAGACAAGCGAAUUCUUGUCAUUCGAUUGAAGGCUCUUGGCGAAACUGUGGCAGUGACUGGCGACGGUACAAAUGAUGCACCUGCUUUGAAGGCAGCCGAUGUCGGAUUUUCAAUGGGAAUCGCUGGAACGGAAGUCGCGAAGGAGGCAUCCGCAAUCGUCUUGAUGGAUGACAACUUUGCCUCCAUCAUUGUCGCGCUCAAGUGGGGUCGAGCUGUCAAUGAUGCUGUCCAGAAGUUCCUACAGUUUCAAAUCACCGUCAAUAUCACUGCAGUGCUUCUGGCUUUCAUCAGUGGUGUUUCCAGUUCCGAUUUCACCAGUGUAUUGACUGCUAUUCAGCUUCUUUGGGUUAAUCUCAUCAUGGAUACAUUCGCCGCCCUUGCGCUUGCUACCGAUCCGCCUACAGAAAAGAUCCUUGACCGGCCACCACAGCUUAAGAAAGCAUCUCUCAUAACUGUCAACAUGUGGAAAAUGAUUGUUGGACAAGCUAUAUUUCAGCUUACAAUCACCCUUAUUCUUUACUUUGCUGGUGCAUCAAUCUUGGGCUACGACGCCUCCCGGGAGACAGAGCUUAAAACGAUCGUCUUCAACACCUUUGUUUGGAUGCAAAUCUUCAACGAAUUCAACAACCGUCGCUUGGACAACAAAUUCAACAUCUUCGAGGGCAUCCACUGCAACAAGUUCUUCAUUAUAAUCAACUGCAUAAUGGUGGGAGCGCAGAUCCUGAUCGUGUUUAAAGGUGGUAGCGUCUUCUCUAUCGUCAGUAUCGACGGUGUUCAGUGGGCUAUUUGUCUGGUCUUGGCGGCACUGUCUUUGCCCUGGGCCAUACUGAUCCGGCUCUUCCCGGAUCCACUGUUUGAGAAAAUUGCAAAGACGGUUGGCAAGCCAGUAGUUGUCCUUUACAGAGGUCUAGGUCGCUUCUUCUCCAGUGUGGGCAGGGUUUUCAAGAAGCCUGCUCAGAAGCUCAGGGUGAAGAAAGGAACACAAACGGAACAGGAAGAAACAGAAAAGCGGCCCAAUGAAACUCAAGAUGCUCCAGCUGUUGUUGUCUCAGAAGCUGUCUAG